CCCGAGGUUGUCUCUCUCUCUCUGUUCUCGUCGGAGACAGUCCACCUUACCUGCCAAUCGAGAUGGAUUGCACGCCCGUGUCUGUGAAAUCGCUUCUGCCGGGUGGCUUCUGCGGCGUUCUGCCCAUUUCAGAGGUGAGUGGACACACACAGAGAGAGAGAGAUCCAUGUUGCAGCACGAACAAUGGCACUUACAUCUCAGAAUUCGGCUCUUUUCAUCGCGGCAUCGCGGCAGAACCUGGACAACACACGCAGAUGGGAGGUAGGUGCGACCUCACUCACCCUACGACACACAGAUCAUGCCACGCGACGCCUGCUUGCUGCUUGUGUAUGCUCGUCAUUCAGGACUGCCCUCUUGCGUCCUUGCAAUGGGGAUUCGUCGGGGCACACUUACACUGGAGUGGGCCACGCAGCUGCUGGACAUGGGAGCCGACGCCAGCUUCACCACGGAGGACUCAGGGGAGAGCCUCAUCAAUCUGGUCAUCAAGCAUCACAGAACGGCUGAGAGUCUGUCCAUUGUCCGCCUGCUCAUCGAGAGGGGAGCUGACAUCAACCAUUGCGGCCAGUCGGAUUAUCUAUGGGAUCCUCGCGCCCGGCCGCCGAUCCAGCAGGCCCUCGUAAAGGGCCGUUAUGACGUCGCCCAUCUGCUCCUGGAUGAGCCCAAUCUGAGCCUCACCGCAUUGCGUGGUGGGCUGCUGUGGCGUGUGGCGGUCUAUGCGCGUCAUGGCACCGUGUCGUCUGCUGACAAGCUGGCCAUGGUCAAGAAGCUCGUGAGGAUCGGUGGAGCGGCGCUUAUCAGCACUUCCUCGUCCCGGGGCUGCAACGCGCUUCACAGCUUCUGUGAGUAUCCUCUCGCGUACCCCUCUGCUCAGCUUGCAGUCAUCGCUUACCUCAUCAACAAGGGAGGGCGGGAGAUUGUUGACAAGAAGGAUUUCUCGGGUCGCACCCCUCUCCACUACGCGGCUCGGAGCGGGUGCCCUCCAGUGGUGCUCCGGCUGCUGCUACGCAAGGGAGCGUCGAUCACGGCAGCGCAUCCCUUCUAUCUGCACAAGGAGGCACAGGGGAGGCUGUUGACGGCAUACCGUUACUACCUCCGCUGUGAGCUGCCGGUCCAGGUGAGCAUUGCGGCGAAGACCGCCCUCCUGCCUGGUCGCGCGCUGGCCAGCACACCACUGCCGGAUGGCGUCACUGAUAGCAUUGAGUGCCUCAUCGGUCUGUCCAGCCCGCCCACUGUCGACAUUCCCAUCGGUGAGCAGCCCUUCGGCUGUCUCAUCAAUCUGCUGGUCAACGGCUACCUGUCAUCAGCCUACGAGUGCAUUCGGCAGACGGGCAGCACGGAGGCAAUGGGAAGUCGGCUUGACGAUGUGCUGCAGCAAGUGCGCGAGACAGCCAAGAGUGAACGAGGGCGGUUCGAUGUUAAGCCGGUCGGCUGCCGCCGGGUGAUCGAGCGCGCAGCGGGCGGAAAUGGCUGGAGGGACGGGGGGGAUACUGUCUGUAGUGUGAAUAUGUAUGUGCACAUGCUCGUGUACACUCUUUGUCAUUAG